ACUGCAUCAGGUAACAGCGUGACUUCCAGGAAAGCAGAAAUUCUCUCCCCGCCGUGCAAACAGGAAGCUGCAACCAGUGCAGAGGCUUGGGGCCCUAUAAAGAGUGGGGUCAGAGCUGGGCUGAGGCUGUGCAGGAGCUGGGCUGAGACGCUGCCGGAGCUGGGCUGAGGCUGUGCAGGCGCUGCAGAGCACCAGGGAGGGCAGCCAUGGGGUCACAGGAGGAGAGAGCAGAUGCUGGGGAAAAGGCACAUCUUGCUAAGAAAUUGCUGGCAGAAGCAUUUGAGAAGGAAGGACUUGAUGAAGAAUACUGGCUCCCCAAACUGUCGGAGAUAUUGGGUGUUAAGUCAAGAGAUGCUUUGAAACAUCUGCAAUAUGAAGACUACCUUAAACUGGAGUGCGAAGUACGGUACGCCUGGGAGACCAAGGCACUCCGAAAGCUCCUGGGAAUCACAGACAACAAAACAGCUGUUGAUGAGCUGCAGAAGCAGCGCUUGGAGCUGAUGAAGCAGAGACAAGAAGCAGCCAAGUCAAUCCUACAGGAGCUGGAAGAAAUGCAGAAGAGCCGCAGCCACAGCAAGGAAAUGAUAAGACAGAAAGAGGAGGCACUAUGGCAAGCCAUGGACAUUCCCAAGGAGUACUGGGCACCACCAGAGAAGACAUUGGUGAAUGAGCUGGCGAGCAUCCAGAAGCAACUGGAGCAGCAGGAGAAGUCCAUGGGAAAGAGAGAGAAUGUCUCCGACAAGGAGGUCCUGAGGCGGGCAUCGGGAGGCCUGGCUCUGCAGGGUAUUUACCGAACCAACAGCCUGGAGGAUGUGCUGGCAAAGCGAGAGCAACUCAUCAGGGUCCCCGAUGGCUUCACGCUCACUGGUCCAGAGCAAGGGUCACUGCUUGAGAGGAAGGAGUUCUCCUCCUCUGCAGCAGAAGCCACUUUCACCAAGUCCAUGGAGCAGCUGGGGUUCAGCAUCAGCGCUUCUGCCAAAGCCGGGUUCUGGGGGUUCAGUCUUGAAACAGGUGUAGAUUACAGCAAGUCCUCACAGUCAGAGGACUGCCAUCGGUCACGCUCGGAGCAGACAUACAUUUGCACCGCCAAGUACCAGUACAUCCCUCUGGCCUCCUACUACUUCCAAAAGGACCAGCUUCGCCUCUCAGACGCGGCCCUGCGAGAGCUGCAAGACAUUGAACAGCUUCUGAGCAUCACCCAGGAGGCAGAGAGGUUCCACCUACUGAAGAGCAGGUGUGCCAGCUUCUUCAGCAGGUUUGGGUCCCACGUGAACCAGGGACCCCUCCACUUUGGGGGUAUAUUCUGGUGGAAAGCAUCUGCCGAAGGUUUCAGGGCAGAGCAAUGGGAAGAGAUGAAGCAACAAACAUCUGAAGCACUGAACGGCUACAUCGGGGCUAGCUUCAGCGGCUUUGGUAGAAAUGCAGGAUUGAAGGUGGAUGCUUCAAACUCCAGCUCACAGGCAUCAUUUCAGGGAAGAGAUAGAAGCAGCGCCCACACAGCAGUUCAGCUCUAUGUGACCAAAACAGGGGGCCCAUCAGAGACGGAUUCCCUUCCCGAGUGGAAAUGCGGGCUUGUGGCCAAUAACGCAACCUGGUGUGUGAUCGACCGGGGCUUUCAGCUGAUCCCAGUGUGGGACAUAAUCCUGUCCAACCACAGCAGCGAUUUUAAAUCCUCCUAUCAAAUGAGCAGCAGCCUCAGGGCUGUGUACGAAGCGCUAACGAAUCACAGCGUCAGCGUGAUCUUUGGAGAGGAACUGGCCAGUGCCGUAGAAGAGGCUAAAGCUUUCCUGGAGCACGUGAAGACCUGGGAGGGGACGGUGGAUGAAAAGAAACUGCUCACGUUGAUAGAUUUUAAACAGGGUCUGAAUAACAGAACAAAAAAUCACAGUGUCUGGAUCAACAUAUGUCUGUCAGACAAAGCGUUGCAGGAGUUCCUGGUGAAUACCGUUUCUUUUUGCCAGAAAUCUUCUCCAGAAAACACCACCUAUAUCAAAUCUCUGCUGCAGUGCCUGCUGGAUCCUCACAUCUAUUCUGUCAAGGACUUCCCUGGGGCUUCCUUCAUUAUGCAAUGGGUCUUCCACACAGAGCACAUGCUUCCCGAAACUCCCAGUAUUUGCAAUCUUGAAGAUCUUACUAAGACAUUGCUGCAAAUGAAGGAGUACAUCCAGGAAGUCACCUACGCACCGGCAACUUCUGCAUCCACCAUUCAUGAAGCAAAGAUUAAAGUCACCUUCACUGUAAGCCUGGCUGUUUACUCUUUGCUCCAGUUUCUGCAGCAAGGCGCACAGGAAGACAUAGAACUCUUAGUGCUCUUAGUUACAACCAGCACGGGAUACCAAGUAGAAAGCAGCACUUUUCAGUACCUCCUUGGGUGUCCAGAAAUUAAUUUCAUGAUAAAGGAAAUGCAAAAGGCACAUAACGAAUAUCAGAGCCUGAAGGAACAGGAUGUUUACAGAGCUCAGGCUUUCCUGCUGUUGACGGGCCUCACCAUAACAUCCGAAAAUAAGAAGGUGACCCCUGAGCAGAAGAAUGACCGCUUAGUUUUCAUGAAAGAAAAGAUGAAAAAUGCAUGGUCUACAGAGAUGAAAACUCUCCUUGAAAAGCACAAUGCAUUCAAAGACUGGGAGAUGCUGGAAAGAGAUUUGCAAUCCUUCAUUGCUGGGCAACUGGAAGACACAUCUGACAACCUGAAGAAAGACAGUAUAAUCAAAGACAUGGAAGAUGCUUUUCAAGGCAUGCAGCCUCCCAGUCAAUGCAAACCCAAAUCAGACAGCAGCACAUCCAAAGCAAAUCAAGCCACUGCAAACCCAGAGUUCCUCAACUUACUUAAGCGCCUCGGGCUGGAAAGGUACUAUCCAAGAAAAAUGGGCACAGAAGAUUUCCACGUAAUAUACCAGACAUCUGUACACAACAGCCAGCCCAGCAAGGACAGCGAGCUACCAUUUUACUUCCUGCAAAGGCUACUGACCGUGGAUUAUCGGGUGAGGUACCUGACUUGCAAGGAGGCAAGUAAGCCGGGAGUCGUGCCCACACCAAACACCUCGGUGGAGGACCACGAGCCCUCUGAUUCCUUUGAUGACUUUUUCAGUGACUUAGACGAAGGAGCCCCUGAAUCUGCAAGCAGGGAGAGUCAUGUGCACCCCAUGGACCUCCAGAUGGCAAUUUUUCAUUGUGCUGAUGAUUUCAUGAGACAGUACCUUUCAUCAAAGCUUGCUUUCUGCCAGUUUGCACUACCCCUCCUGGUACCAAACCCGUGCACUUCACAGAUAGAGUUCCCUCUCUGGUCCCUCAGCCAAAUCAAGAAGAGCUGGAAAGGGACGGUGAGAUCGGGAGAGCAGACGAGGAUUAGCAGUCACAACAACAAACUCAUUUGUCAGGCAGAGACACCCAUCGUGUCCUUCCUACGCAUCGGCAGCUCUCCUUCCUCUUCCAAGUCUCAGCUCCUGAAUGCCCUGCUGAGCAAGCAAAAACAUGACACUUUUUUCCACCGACAUUGCAAAGGCAGCACCAAAGACUGCUUCCUGAUGAAAGGUGUUGUGGAGAUCUCCUGGUACAUUCCCCGUGGUAGCGACGACGACAGCUUUAACGGUCCUGUUGCUUUCUGUAACCUGCACGGAGAUGCGAGGGAUCACGAACUCCAGCUGCAGUUCUUACAGGAGAUCUCUGACGUGAACGUGGUUCUUGUCUCUGAGUCUGAUCAGAGCAACAAGAAAGGCAGGAAAAUUUUACAUGAUCUGUGGCAGUCUCAGAAGCCUUUGGUUUGUCUUUUCACUGAGAAAGAGAGCAUUGCAGCUGGCCCAUCUAGCCAAAACAUAAGAAUAGGGAUCAAGAACAGAAAUGAAGCAGAAUUAAUGGGUGAGCUGACAAAGACCAUCCGAGACCUAGUGGAAGGGUUGAGCACACUUGUUAGCCUCAAUGCAUGUCUGAGCACAGCUCGCCAGCAUGGCUUCUUAGUCGAUGAAGAUGCAGAAGCGUGCGUGACAGCCAAAGAAAAGGCAAUCACGCUGGUGAACCUGUUGAAGAAAGAGAAGUUGUCUGAGAUCAAAUCACAGCUACUGCCUCUUCAGGGAAAACUGUGGUACAUGUGGUGUAAAAAGGACAAAGAACUCACUCGCUUGCAGGAAAAGAGGAACAAGAGCAUAGAGCAUCAUCGGAGCCAAAUUGAAUUGGAGAAGUCUGCAAUAAGAAAAAAGCAACUAGACAAAGCGUUCCCCCUCAAUCAGCUGAUGAAAUCAGUCCUUGGCUUUCUCCAGUCACAGCCAGACGAUAUCAAGAAAUUCUUUCUGCAGUGGAUGAAGGUCUUCAUGGACGACCUGUCCUCUGAUCGCCUUGACGAGCUGAAGAGAGAGUAUCAUCAGUUAUGGUCUCAAAUCUUGGCAUUAAAGAAAAGCAAUGAAAAAAGCGACCUGAAAAGAAUAUUGAUGAAUAAGUUAGAUGCCCUUUCCGAUGAAAUCAAUGAUUCGUCCAUUGGCCUUGAGCAUAUUUUGAGAGAGGUAGGGCAGAUUUAUGAGGCGCUGGAAUCAACAAACUCCGAAGAAAAAUGCUUUAUCACACUGCCUGAAAUUGCCGCCGAUCUGAUGGUUUCAGGGUAUCCCGUUGAGCUGAUGGAUGGUGACGCUUCUUACAUACCACUGCAAUGGAUUGGAGCCAUCUUUGACAGGUUAAUUGAGAAGCUAGGGGACAAGCGAGUAUUCGUGCUUUCUGUGCUUGGCAUCCAGAGUACAGGGAAGUCAACCCUGCUGAAUGCCAUGUUUGGUCUCCAGUUUAAUGUCAGUGCAGGGAGGUGCACCCGGGGAGCGUUUAUGCAGCUCGUUAAAGUGGACGAGAAGCUCCAACAGGAUUUGAACUUUGAUUACAUGCUCGUUGUUGACACAGUAGGACUUCGUGCCAUAGAGAUGGCCAAUAAGCAGUCACUUAACCAUGACAAUGAGCUGGCCACCUUUGUCAUUGGCAUGGGCAACAUGACUCUGAUCAACAUCUUUGGAGAAAAUCCUUCGGAAAUGCAAGACGUCCUUCAGAUUGCUGUGCAGGCUUUCCUGAGGAUGAAGCAAGUAAAUCUUUCCCCAAGCUGCCUGUUUGUGCACCAAAACGUGGGCGAAAUAACCGCAAAGGAACAGAACAUGGAAGGACAAAGACGCCUGCAGGAGAAGCUGGAUGAAAUGACCGUGAUAGCAGCCCAGCAGGAAUUCUGUGACGUCACCUGCUUCAGCGACGUCAUCCGCUUUGACGUGAACACCCACAUUCAUUACUUUGCUCACCUGUGGGAAGGAAACCCACCGAUGGCACCGCCCAACCCCACCUACUCCCAGAACGUCCAGGAAUUAAAGAGCAGAAUUCUCCAAGCUGCCAAGAAGGAAUCGCAGAGCAGCAUUUUGAGGCUCUCCAGCUUGAAAGUUCGUAUUAGUGACCUGUGGAAUGCCUUGCUGAACGAAAACUUCGUUUUCAGCUUCAAGAAUUCAGUGGAGAUUGCCGCAUACAAGAAACUGGAAACCGCAUUUAGUCAGUGGACCUGGCAGCUGAGAAGUCACAUCUUAGACUUGCAAAUAAAACUGGAAAAUAAGGUUCGGAAUGGGGAGUUGAGGAAGGUCACCAUGGAACACCUUGAAAAACUGGUGCAAGAGACAAAUGAUGCCGUCACCAAGAAGAUGGAAAUAUUCUUCGGUGAAGACGGAGACCGUGAAAUACUGAUCCAGUGGAAAAGCAGCACGGAACUGAAGCUGAAAGAACUGAGAGAGUCCCUUCUUGUUGAAACAAGAAGGAAGUGUGAGAAACUUAUAGAACUAAAGAAGAGCCGGAGUAAACUGGAUGAGAGGAAGUCCAAAUAUGAAAAGGAGCUCCUGAAAAAGAGCAGACAGUUGGCCCUGUCUCUAAAAGGCCAGGAAUUAAGCAAAAGUGAACUGAGAAAACAAUUCAUUUCUCUCUGGACGCGGUGGAUUGCUGAAGUCUCUGUUGAAGUCUCUGCUGCUCCCGCUCUGGAACAGGUGGACAUCGAUGUGGACAUAGAAGAUGUCCUUCUAGAUCACUUUAGGGAGCCUAAUGUAGAUAAACGAAUCAGGAAGUUAUACCAAAAGACUGUCUUUUCUCUUGACAUAGAGAAACACGUGUCUAAGAAAAAACGGUUCGGCAUCAUUCCUAAGAGUUUUGACAAUGCCGAUGUGAGCAACAUGCACCACAUUACAGAUAGCAUCACAAUGCGUGUGAAGGCAAACAUUGAGAAGAAGGAAAAGGACAAAAUGGAUUACAGUCGAACUUUUAUUCAUGAAAUACUAAAUGAAGUGGAGAAAGGUAUGAACUCUGUUCCUAACACUGCAAAUUACAGUUUUAAUAAAGAUUACAGAAUAGAUUUAUCACUGUACCUGUGCAGAAUGGCAGCAGAAAGGUUUAAAGACAUGCAUGCAGCAUUCAGGAAAGCAAACGAUCCAGUCGUCUACCUGGAGAGCAAGAGAGAAGACUUCUUUAAAAGUUUCCAGAUUUCCUGCCAAGGAGCCUCUUGUAUCACAACAUUUGCCGAUUUCCUGUGCAGCAAGAUUGCCCCAGCUCUUCGACAUGCCAUCUAUGAGAAGACAGCUCUUGGCAUAGCUCGAGACAUGAAGGAUAAAAUACCAGAUUUCAGUGGCAAUAGAUCCACUCUGGAAACUUGCAUACUGAAAUACCUAGCAGAAGAAGAAAAUUUUGAAAAUUUCAAGCAUUACCUUAAUUCCCCAGGAGACUUUUUAAAUAAUUACAUUAAGACAAAAGUUGAGACAUACUGUUUAGAUAAGAACAGAAGGCUGGAGAUGUUUUUAAGAGACUCCCUCACUCGUUACUAUGAAAACAUUCAAUCAGCUGUUUUUGCAUCCACCACAGUUGUCAAAGACAGAAAAGACAGAAACGAUAAAAUCUCUCUUUGGCUGGAUGAAUUCUGCAGAGCACUUGGAGACGUGCUAAGCUUGCCCAGAAGUGACCUGAAGAAUAUUGAACACCAGGAGAUAACAGACAUAGAGUUCCUGAAUAACGCCAUGACAGAAGCACUGUCUCCCCUGAUUGAUGACCUCAGGAAAGAGUUUGCUAAUGCUCGUAUGAGCUCAUUUGAAAGGCAGCCUCACACAAUACUGGCUGAGCAGUUUGCAGGGUGCCAGGAGGAGUGCCCAUUUUGUGGGGCUCUUUGCACUAACACUAUGCCAAACCAUGAUGGAGACCACCGGGUUGUCUUCCAUCGUCCACAAGUUUUGACAGGAUACAGAUGGUAUAAAACAGACAACCUAGUCAUUGAUAUUUGUUCUAGCAGUGUUUCAAGUGACUGCUUAUUCAGGAUUGGUAAAGACACAUGGAUCCCCUACAAGAAAUACCGGGAUGCAGGACAUCCCUAUUCCACUUGGAACAUUUCUCCUGAUCCAUCCAUGCAAGCAUACUGGAAAUGGUUUGUGUCUUAUUUCAGGACACAGCUAGAGCAAUACUACAAUGGGAAAUUUCACGGCAAAGGAGAAAUCCCUGCUUCAUGGGAGACAGUUACAAAGCAGAAUGCACUUGAUGAACUGGAGAAAUAUUAGGCUAAGUUGGUAUGAAGGAAAAGCUGCAAGUGCUUUGCAUUUUAGAAGAACAUAAUAUGAGGAUAACCACAAAAUAUUGUUGUAAUGAUUAUGACCUUAAACCAUGUCAAGAAAACUAAAGGUAAUUGCUUGCAAAGUUGGAUGAAAUAAGGAGUGCUUCUCAUGCCACUGCUCAGCGAUUCCCUUGCUUUGUGAUAAAGUCAAAGUCCUCUUCCUUUCUUGCCAUAAAUAUUUACAUCAGCUUUGCCUUAAAGCAAACUAGAAAAAUAUUCCUGCAGCAAGCAGUCAUACCGCCGAGAUUAAGACCAAGUACCAGAUGAAGAGCAAAGGCAGUAUUAGAAAGUACUGAUUUUACCAGCUGCUAUGAGAAAAGAAAUGACACUGGCAAAAGAGCAGUUUCCCUGCAGCAAAUACUCGUCACACUUACAGAAAGGACAGUGGGGUCUGUGUGCAGGUGAAUAUUUGUGGGAAACUCUGCUAUUUUGUUUUUUUGGGGGGGCAGGGAUCGUUUUACACAUUCAUAAACUCAGUACUCAGGUGCUGUUCUCUUUCUGAUGCUGUUAAAGCAGUUAAUGCAGCAGCCUAUGUGGAUUUAGACAGCAAUUUUAACUCUGUGGUUACUAGGUAUAUGUCCUAGGUUAAGAUGUGCCCACACUUCCAUGAGCCAUUCUUACUCAUGGGCCUGGGCCUGGCAAACUUCCCUCCAGCUCCUAGCCAACCCAACUGCUUUUGCCAAGCACGUCUGUGUUGGGUAAAAGCCUUUUAUAACCAAUGUAGAGAAUUAGACAGCUUUGCAGCUUCCUCAGCAUCUGUCAGCAGUGCGUGAUCUUAGUGUUUGUGCUGUCAAGACAGGCAGGUGGCAACUGAACAAAAAUGGUCUGGAGAACAUGUAAGUGGCUCUGCCUGCACCAGUGCAGUGGGAGGAGGUUUUUACUGUGCAGUUUUUCUGCAGUCCUGCUGGAAACCCGAUGACCAGAGUCUCCUGGAGAGCUGGCAAAAGCAGUGAUUCAUUAUAAUUCUUUGUAGUCUUUGCUAAUAAACUGUUUGA